UGCUCAUGCGCACGAGGUUUCUUCCUUGUUGCUAUGGGAGCCUGGGUCAGGGGCCUGGUCCAGGUACAGCUUGCGGUCCACUUCCUGCCAGUGACCAAUUUUUUGGGAAGGAUUAAGCCCCCACCAACAGUCUGGUUGCCUUGGCAACAGGGGCGUGGUGCCUUGGUGAUUGUGGCAUUGCCAGGUUGUUGCUAGGGGCGUGCCCUGGUUGCCCAGGAUGUCGCGACCCCAGGUCAUCCACAGUGGCCACUUCAUGGUGUCGGAGCCGCAUGCUGACCCCGAGCUGGAUCCGGGGGGCAGGACUGCGGUGGGGAGAAUGGCGGAGCGGGUGGGGGCUGUGGAGCUGGGGGCUAGUGGCCAGCGGGAGAGGGCUGGGGCAGGCAAGGGGGCCGCAGUGCCCAGGGACGCCUACGACUUUAACACAGUCAACGCCUGCACGUGCCGGACCUACCGCUGUGGCCCCAGCAGCAGUGCCCUCAGCAUCGACGCCUCUCUCACCAAGCUCUUUGAAUGCAUGACGCUCGCCUACAGUGGGAAAAUCAUGUCCCCCAAAUGGAAAACGUUCAAAGGCCUGAAGCUGCUGCCACGUGACAAAAUUCGGCUCAAUAAUGCCAUCUGGAGGGCAUGGUACCUGCAGUAUGUGGAGAGGAGGAAGAACCCUGUGUGCAAUUUUGUGACGCCGCUGGAGUGCAGUGACGGGGACGAUCACCACAAACCAGAACCCCACCCUGCCCUUGCCUUGCAGGCCGUGAUAAUGGAAGGGAAAUACUGGAAGCGCCAGAUUGGAGUGGUCAUUCGGGAGUAUCACAAGUGGCGGACAUACUUCUGCACACGGGUCCAGAAGAAGAAAGAUAAACCUGAGUCUUUAUCUACGCAGGGAGUGGCUCAUGCUGUCCCGGGUGAGGGGCUUAGCAGUGAGGCCAAGGGCAACUGCCCCAUGGAGCUCGACCUGGAUACCCUGGACAGCCUCAUCUCUGACCUGGCCAACACCAUCUUCUACAGCCGCAACCCUUAUGUGGGGCCCAACCCCCGCAGCCUUGCUCACCAAGGCAACGCGGACAUGAUUCAGCCCACCCUAACCCAGCUGCAUCCUAACUUUGGAGAGGAUUUCAUGGACACCCUGGACCCCAUUCAUGAUUUCUUUGCUGCCUGUUGCACCCAGCCUGUGACCCAGGCUUCCACGCUGCUGCCAGCUGCUGCCCCACUGGUCUCUCUGUCCAGCACUUGUGACCCGGACAUGACCACCAGCACUAAGGAGCUGCCUCUCCACAGGAGCUCUCUCACCUCCCUUUCCUUCCCCCUGGAUCUGGAGCCCCUCACACCCCUGAACGGGCACCAGACCUUCCUGCCGCUCUUCCCCACCUCCCCGCUGCGGGUCAGCCUGCCCCCGCCCAGCCCUCCCACGCAGCACCCCCAGCCCACCCUUGUCUUCUCCGUCAUCACCCACACAGCUGCUGAAAAGCCCCCUUCACCCACCCGACACCCUCCUUCACCCCGGGGCACCUUUGCCAUGCCUGCAUCUGGACCCCUGCCCAAUGGGGCAAGGUCCCGGCAACUGCAGCCCAUUGCCCCAGCGCCUACUGCCACCCACCCCCCAGCAGUCCCCAGUGCCUUCCUUACCCGCCUGCUCGUAGCAGGCCCAUCGCCACAGCCCCUCACUCCAGCCAGGGACUCUUCCCAGGUCUGCGCCCCCCUGGAGCUCCCUGCAGGUGUUCUGCUGAUGGAGAAUCCCAUCCACCCUUGCUCUGUCAUUGCCUCCUCCAGCACGGAUGCCAAGUCCGAAGACGGAGCUGAGCGCCUUGGACCCCACACUUUCCACCAGCCCUGCAGCUUCCCCAGCACCAAGGGCAACCGAAGAGCUGGCUUUACCUCUGCCGACCACGCCCGGCGCAUGAACAUCAGCUGUGCCUUCAACACCCUUGCCAGCCUGGUGCUGCCGGGCUUGGCCCAGCCCACUGUUAAGCUCAGCAAGGCCAUGCUGCUGCAGAGAAGCGUGGUGUAUGUGGGGCAGCUGCAGCAGGAGCACCGGCAGGUGCAGGAGACGGCCCAGCGCCUGCGGGGUGAGAUUGAGGAGCUGAGCGCUGCCAUUGGGGAGUUCCAGCGCCAGGUGCCCCCCAGCGGGAUCCCGGUCGCCCCCUGUGCAGACCCCACAGCCCGGCUGUAUGGCGACUGUGUGCGCCGCACCCUGCAGAACUGGCGCUUCUGGCUCUUCAGCAUGCUCAUCAAGCCACUAUUUGAGAGCUACAGGGUGGCGGUGACCACCCGCAGUGCCAAGGAGUUCUGCCAGUCAGUGCUGGGCUGGCUGGAGCAGCACUGCGCCCUGCCUAUGCUGCGCCCCGCUAUCUCCAGCUCCCUCCUACAGCUCAGCAAGCUCACAGCCAUCCUCACCCAGCCCUCACGCCUCCCCGAGCAGGCCCUGCAGGCCAUCUGCUGCCCCCCGCAUGGCAAGGGCCACAGCUAGUGGGCCCCACCGUGCCACGCGAGGACAUCCCGAUGCCGCCUACCUGCAGAGAAGAGAGGAUGGCAAGGACUCGGACAUCUUCGCCUCCUGGGUGGUGCUCCACCCCACCAUGGGCCCAGAAGUGCCUGGAUGGACAUGCGGG